GGUCUUCUACAUGGGGGCUGGGCCCCAUGUUGGGUGGAGGCCUAAGGGCAGAGGCUGGAGGGAGGUGGGCCAGGGCCCAGAGCUGAGGAAGGCAUUGGGAGGCGUUGCAGGCCUGAAAGCAGCCUUGGGGUUGUCUGGGUCAUUCCUUCACUCAGCUGGAUGACAAGUUAAUAAGUUCCUGCUUACCUGGGGCUCAGUUUGGGAGGUUGGGGGCUGCAGUUCUUGUCCUCUUAUGAGUUCCUGUAUGACCUCUCCCCCCAGUGAAGACCACACUUCUUCUCCUGUCCCCCUGCCUGCUCAGGGCCCUCUCUCACUUGGGUGGGCCAAGGUGGGGGCCUCUUUCCAACUCUUCCUCCUGGUCUGUUUCACCACCCAGUGAGCCAGACUCAUCCCCUCAUUUCCCAACCUUGCUGACCUCAGCCAUGGUCAGAGCUUUCAGAGGAUGCUUCCCACAUCCCCUGCUGUGUGCCACUGCCAUAUGCCCCUGCCGCAUGCCCCUGCCGCAGCCCAGGCAGCACUGUCUCAAAGGAGAGGGGCCUUUCCUGAGACUGUGCAGGUGGGGGAAGCAGAGCUGGAAUUUGAACCCAGGUCGGCUGGAUUUAGCUGGCUGUCAUGUGUUGUCAUUGGAGCGGUCACCUCCCCCUUUCCCCACUGGGUCCUACCCCUCCCCUGUUCUCCUUGGGUUGCUGUCUUUCCUGGUCCCCCUCCUCCCUACCUCUUGGCCUCUUCAGCUGUGUGGACGGAGGGAAGCAGGCCAGGCUGGGGCCGUGGGAAUCAUCCAGUUUUGAAUUCUGCCUCCAACCCUUUGUUUGUUGUAUGUGAGCUUUGUCUGAUGACUUUACUCUCUGAGCCUCAGUUUCCUAAUCUGCAAAGUGGGAAUAAUAUCCAUCUCACAGGAUUGCAUUGAAGAUUCAGUAAGAAAAUGGCAUAGUUUGCCCUUAGCAAGUGUUAGCACUGAAAUUAAGAGUCCAAAUUGGGCUUUGGGCUAGAAAAUAAGAGUUCGAUUCUUGGCUGUUCAACUUGCUGGUUCUGUUGACUUGGUCCUGUGAUCUCGCCUGCCUGUGCCUCAGUGUCUUUGCAGAUGGGUAUGAGAGACGUGUCUACCUCAUAGGUUCUCAUGAGGAUUAAUGGGAAGAUUUUUUGUAAAGCUUCCUACCAUGGUGCCUGAGCUGCCGGAGAACUGGACCGACACUCGGGAGACACUGCUCGAAGGCAUGCUCUUCAGCCUCAAGUACCUGGGCAUGACUCUGGUGGAGCAGCCCAAGGGCGAGGAGCUGUCAGCUGCCGCCGUCAAGAGGAUCGUGGCCACGGCGAAGGCCAGCGGGAAGAAGCUGCAGAAGGUGACUCUCAAGGUGUCACCACGGGGGAUCAUCCUGACCGACAGCAUCACCAACCAGCUCAUUGAGAACGUGUCCAUUUACAGAAUCUCCUACUGCACGGCAGACAAGAUGCACGAUAAAGUGUUUGCCUACAUCGCACAGAGCCAACACAACGAGAAUCUCGAGUGCCACGCCUUCCUCUGCACCAAGCGGAAGAUGGCCCAGGCUGUCACCCUCACAGUAGCCCAGGCCUUCAAAGUCGCCUUCGAAUUUUGGCAGGUUUCCAAGGAAGAGAAGGAGAAGAGGGAGAAAGCCAGCCAAGAGGGAGGGGACGCCGGUGGGGGCCGCCGAGACAGCGUCCCUUCGUCAAAGAGCCUGGUCGUGACUGGGAACCUGCUAGACUUGGAAGAGAUGGCCAAGGCCCCACUGUCCACAGUCAGCGCUAACACCACUAACAUGGACGAGGCGCCACGGCCUCAAGCCUUAAACAGCAGCAGUGUUGUCUGGGAGCUGGAUGAUGGCCUGGAUGAAGCAUUUUCAAGGCUUGCCCAGUCUCGGACGAACCCUCAUGUCCUGGACACUGGACUGACAGCACAGGACCUUCAGUACGCCCAGUGCCUCUCGCCUGUCGACUGGGACAAGCCUGACAGCAGUGGCGCUGAGCCGGACGACCUCUUCAACUUCUGAGGGCCUGGGGCUGGCAGGACACAUGACGGACCAAAGCGACCCACGCCGGGGAUGGGGGCCAGCUCCAGGACCCCCAGCCACCCCCUUCCAGUCGGCAGCACUAUCAGCCUGCAGAUCAAAGCUGCAGCCAGUCACGCAGAGGGAAGGAGAGAUUUUUUUUUUUUUAAACCCUGUUCGUUCUAAGAACUGAAAGAUGCCUUGAAUAUUUAUUCAGUGACUCCUGGUUCAACCCAGAAACCAGUUUUGCAUCGGGCACAAGCGCAGUGUUACAACCAGCUUCCUGCCCUCUCUUGAGGGAGUUCUGCUCCACUGUGGCUGUCAGGAUGGUGACCAAAGCAUUUCUUGUCCCUUCUCUCUAAGGGCCUGGAUUUCCCUGGAGGCCCCUGAGUUCCUCAGUGUGAUUGGAGCCUUCUUUCUGCCAUCCUUUAAGCACAGGGGGGCACCGUGGCCUCGGGAGAGGUGGCCCAGCGCGCCCCAGCUCGAGCCCCUGGCCCUGGGGACUCCCAGAGACAGAGGAGCAGCCCCUGACCAAAGACAGCACACAGCUGGCACUUUAAAGCACAUGCAGCAGGUGUGGCCUCCGGCGCCUUGACGGUGCUGCGUUGCCCAGAGCUUGCUUUCUGCCCUCCUUCCAUGGAAGGCGCCCAAAGUCCCCAUGGAGUGCCCCCAGCCGUGCUCGGAACCAGUGUAACUGGCUGCCCACGCACUCUCAGAGUCUGCCUGCGAUAAUGGGGUCCCCAUCCUGCCCUCCCGAGCUUCUGUUUGGUCUGAGUGCCACCUCCCCAUACUUCCUGAGAUGAUGCGUGAAGCCUAACGCCUAGAUUUGUUUGAGGAUGUGCUGUUGCCCGUUUGUAGAUGAGGAAACUGAGACCACAAGCGAGGAAGGGGUAGAGUUGAGUGUGGAACCCAGAUCUGGUGCCAAAGCUGCCUUCUCGCCUACACCUCGCAGCUCACACCUCCUUUUCUCUAGCUGUGUCGUCCUCCCAGGAACCAAAAAGCCCCAGCUAUUUUCUGACCAAAAUGUGUUUCAUAACAAACCAUCUGGUGCCUUUACACACAGAACUGGCAUGAGCCUCCGUGCCCUGCUAGCUGUCUCACUGUUGAUUUCUGUGAAAAUGGAAGUGUUUGAAGUCUGCUAAUUCAGAGGGUGAGACAAAACCAAACUUCGUAAGCAUCACGCUCUUCCUUCCUGACUCUCCGACACCAGGUCGGGGACAUGCCCGCAGCAGCCCGCCUGCAGAGUCUCCCUUCCUUCCCCCUUCCCACGCCCCGGGGCUCUCGGAAAAGCUGCCAGCACCUUCUCCAUCCUCAGGUACCUCCCAGGCCUGGCUUUACCGAGCUUGAGUCCCAGUGACAGUUGGGGCAGGUUUCACCAGGCCAGGAAAUACCCCAUUUCUUAGAAUCUACGCAUCGGACUAAGCGGCUGAAUCAAAGCACAGGGACAGAAGUGCCUAGGUGAGGGGUGGGUGGGACUGUCUUUAUCAGAGUGUGGGGACAACUUCCUUUCCUGGCCCAGCUCCGGUACCCCCUCUGCCCACCCCGGACGACCUUGGCGUCAGCCCUUGUAUUUGUCACAAGGCCGCCCUUGGCACGAAGGUCCAGGAGCCCUGAGAAAGGCCGUGCUGUGUUUGUGUGAGUCACGCUGUGGCCUUCAUCUGUCUCUGGCCACCAGCGGUCGGUGUGCUCCCCUUGUGUCUGCAGAUAAGUUUUGUCGUGCUUUACUUUAUGUUGCUGUAAAGGAAGUCCUAGUGAGGAAAAAAUCAGCAAUAAAUGUUCUCUUUUUGAAAUAUAAA